ACUUCCCUUAUAAGAUUAUAUUACGUUGUUUGUCUGUCCACAACACAAGUCCUAUAGCAAUACUUCCUCUCCACAACACAAGUCCUACAGCAAUACUUCCUCUCCACAACACAAGUCCUAUAGCAAUACUUCCUCUCCACAACACAAGUCCUAUAGCAAUACUUCCUCUCCACAACACAAGUCCUACAGCAAUACUUCCUCUCCACAACACAUGUCCUACAGCAAUACUUCCUCUCCACAACACAAGUCCUACAGCAAUACUUCCUCUCCACAACACAAGUCCUACAGCAAUACUUCCUCUCCACAACACAAGUCCUAUAGCAAUACUUCCUCUCCACAACACAAGUCCUACAGCAAUACUUCCUCUCCACAACACAAGUCCUAUAGCAAUACUUCCUCUCCACAACACAAGUCCUACAGCAAUACUUCCUCUCCACAACACAUGUCCUACAGCAAUACUUCCUCUCCACAACACAAGUCCUACAGCAAUACUUCCUCUCCACAACACAAGUCCUACAGCAAUACUUCCUCUCCACAACACAAGUCCUAUAGCAAUACUUCCUCUCCACAACACAAGUCCUACAGCAAUACUUCCUCUCCACAACACAAGUCCUAUAGCAAUACUUCCUCUCCACAACACAAGUCCUACAGCAAUACUUCCUCUCCACAACACAUGUCCUACAGCAAUACUUCCUCUCCACAACACAAGUCCUACAGCAAUACUUCCUCUCCACAACACAAGUCCUACAGCAAUACUUCCUCUCCACAACACAAGUCCUACAGCAAUACUUCCUCUCCACAACACAAGUCCUUCAGUAAUACUUCCUCUCCACAACACAAGUCCUACAGCAAUACUUCCUCUCCACAACACAAGUCCUACAGCAAUACUUCCUCUCCACAACACAAGUCCUACAGCAAUACUUCCUCUCUGCAACACAAGUCCUACAGCAAUAUUUCCUCUCCACAACACAAGUCCUACAGCAAUACUUCCUCUCCACAACACAAGUCCUACAGCAAUACUUCCUCUCCACAACACAAGUCCUACAGCAAUACUUCCUCUCUACAACACAAGUCCUACAGCAAUACUUCCUCUCCACAACACAAGUCCUACAGCAAUACUUCCUCUCCGCAACACAAGUCCUACAGCAAUACUUCCUCUCCACAACACAAGUCCUAUAGCAAUACUUCCUCUCCACAACACAAGUCCUACAGCAAUACUUCCUCUCCACAACACAAGUCCUAUAGCAAUACUUCCUCUCCGCAACACAAGUCCUACAGCAAUACUUCCUCUCCACAACACAAGUACACAACAAUACAAGGAUCGUAAUGUUACGUCUACGUAAAGACGAGAAAUAAGCAAACAGUGAGUGCUGGGCUGACGUAACCUUGCCUCGACGUACAGAGAUCAAAGUGUGAAUUGAAGUUACUUAUACAAACAUCUCGUAAGUAAGGUUGACAAAUUAUAUUCCAUCAGUUUAAAUGACAUAAUCUUCCCUAUACAUACAGAUCAAGGUAACAUAUGAAAUGAAAUGAGGUUACUUAUACAAACAUCUCGUAGGUAAGGUUGGCGUAACUUAUAUUUUGCUAGUUUAAAUGACAUAAUCUUCUCUAUACGUACAGGUCAAAGUAACAUACGACAUACGAGUUAAUUGAGGUUACUCAUACAAACAUCUCAAAGGUAAGGUUGGUGUACCUUAUAUUUUGCUAGUUUAAAGGAUGUAAUCUUCCCUAUACAUACAGAGAUCACAGUAACAUACAACAUAUGAAAUGAAUUGAGGUUACUUAUACAAACAUACCAGUGAAUUGAGGUUACUUAUACAAACAUACCAGUGAAUUGAAGUUACUUAUACAAACAUACCAGUGAAUUGAGGUUACUUAUACAAACAUACCAGUGAAUUGAGGUUACUUAUACAAACAUACCAGUGAAUUGAGGUUACUUAUACAAACAUACCAGUGAAUUGAAGUUACUUAUACAAACACCUCGCAGGUUAAGGUUGACAUAACUUAUAUAUCGUUAGUUUAAGAGACGUAAUCUUGCCUAUACGUACAGAGAUCAAAAUAACAUAUCUCGAGGGUAGGGUUCACGUAACUUGUAUUUCAUUAGUUUAAGGUUACGUAUACUUACAAUAACAUCGUAAAGAGGGAAAGAAUAAAGGAAAGAAAGAAGGUGUGUUGAAAGGUCAUCUUAUCGCCUACAAACACCUAGAGACAAACAUUGGGGUGAGGGAGGGAGGGAAGGGUAGCACACACACACACACACACACACACACACACACA